AUGUCGGCGGCGGAGGCUCUAGGGCUCCCACCGGGGGUUCGCUUCGACCCCACGGGCGACGAGCUCGUUGAGUUCUACCUCCUGCCGCGCGCCCUCGGCCGCCCGCCCGCGGUGCCGGGGAUCAUCAUCGAGGACGACACCGCCACCACCAGCACCAGCGCGGAGCACCCCUGGAAGCUGCUCACGCGCCACCGCCGCACCGACGACAGCGAGGCCUACUUCUUCGAGAGGGUCGCCGCCGGCAGCGGCGAGACCACCAAAGGCGGCGGCGCAGGCGCUCGUCAGGACCGGAGCUGCGGCGGCCGCUGGACGUGGGUGGGGCAGAAGCGCGCGCCGGACGAGGCGCUCCCCCCGCGCGGCGACGGCGAGCACGUCUCGUGGGGUAAGUACUCGCUCAACCUGCAGGAGGGCCGCCGCCGCAGGGGCGGCAGCACGGGGUGGGUCAUGCACGAGUACACCGUCGCCUCGCCGCAGUGCCCGUUGCUCCCCGUCAAGCUCUGCCAUGUCUCAUUCACCGGCCACGGCCAGAAGCGCCAGCGCGUGCCCGACGACGACGGCGGCGGCGAGGGCGAGGGCCAAGAGCUGGAACCACAAGCCGACACGGCGCCUCAGCACAAACGCGCCGCCACCGGGUCUUCCAUGGUAACCACGGCGACGGCGAUGCCAAAUCAAGAACUCAGCGAGGCUCGCGCGCAGCAAAAUCAGGAACAGCAGUUCCCGAACUACGACUACGAUACAUCAUCCAUUGGGCAUUUCUGGAGCUCAGACGCCGGAUUUAGCCAAGAAUCGUCCAUCAUCCUGGAUCCUUCGUACCCUGAUGCACGAUCAAACCACCAAGAACCCUUUGCGCUGGAUCAACAACUCACUCAGAUUCAACAAUGUUCCGCGAGCCAAUCGCAAGCUUAUCAUCAAGAGCAGUUCAUGUUCAUGAACCCUGCGGGAUCAUCCACUGAAGCGCAUUGUGCGGUGCAAUCGGCAUCAGACCUCGGAUCAAGCCAAGAACCUCAGGUGUGGCAUCCUCUGACUGAAGAACAACAAUUCAGUCUGGCUCAGCUUCUUGGCGCCAUCAGCUCGCCACGCUGCCCUCCCACAACGCCGGCCACCUACCAUGAGCAGGAGCAAAUCCAGAGGUUCGCACCUGUAGCAACGGCUGAUCUCCUCCCGUUGUCGACGGUUCAAGAAUCCUGCACGACGGAGCAAUCGCAUGGAAACAUGGGCCAAUACGACGAUUUCUUCAGGGGGUGGAGCGAUCUCGACAGCUUCUGCGACACAUCAGGCAUCAAAGACGACGACGACAUGGCUGCCCAAACGCUUGCCGCCGUUGGUUGUGGAGGAGGAUCGUCCUUGGACCAGCAUUUCUUCUAUCAACAACCAGCUUUCUAA